AUGUUUGGCCUGAAACUCCGACGGCAAGGCUGUCUGUCAUGUCCAUCUAUCACACUGCGCGCGGGAAUCGCUGUUCGCUCGUACUCUGCCCGUGACAACAAACGCUCCGCUGCUUCCGUCUUCCCCCCCUUUCCUUCGGCUUCUCCUGCGCCGCUAUACCGGGGAGCAUUGAGCGCUAGGAAAAAUACUCUUGCCAAAAUACGAGCAUGCAGUGGGGAUGCUAGAGCGACCCGCUUCAAGAAAAAAAAAGCACAAGGCGGCUGUGGGAAUCCCAACACCCUGCCCAAUGACAAACACCAGAGCCCCGUGCUGCAUCCGUUUGUACCGACACCCGCAGCUGGCCAUUUUUAA